UGAUUUAUUUGGCGCCAUAUUGUUUUUUUGCUCCGUGAUAUGUGAAUGUAUGAGUGGCUAAAGUUGAGCUGUACUAAUAAAUACAACACGAAGGUAGAAAGAUGACUGCGUCGGAAGUAUCAUAUAAUAAUCGAAAAAUAAUAUCAGAAGAUUUGUCGAACGUUGAAUUCGACACUAGCGAGGAUGUUGAAGUUAUCCCAACUUUUGAUUCCAUGGGCCUCCGCGAUGAGUUGUUGCGAGGAAUUUAUACUUACGGUUUUGAAAAACCAUCAGCUAUCCAGCAAAGGAGUAUCCAACCAAUAGUUAAAGGUCGGGAUGUGAUAGCUCAAGCACAAUCGGGUACUGGUAAAACAGCCACCUUUUCAAUAUCAAUUUUGCAAUCGCUUGACACAACUCUUCGUGAAACUCAAGUAUUAAUACUUUCACCAACCCGAGAAUUGGCUACACAGAUUCAGAAAGUCAUUCUUGCAUUAGGGGACUUUAUGAAUGUACAGUGUCAUGCCUGUAUUGGUGGCACAAACCUUGGAGAGGACAUAAGGAAAUUGGACUAUGGUCAGCAUGUUGUGUCAGGGACCCCUGGCCGUGUUUUUGACAUGAUAAGGAGGCGUGUGCUUCGUACCCGAUCUAUAAAAAUGUUGGUUCUUGAUGAGGCAGAUGAGAUGUUGAACAAGGGUUUCAAAGAGCAGAUCUAUGAUGUCUACAGAUACUUGCCACCAGCUACCCAAGUGGUUCUUAUUUCUGCUACAUUGCCCCAUGAGAUACUUGAAAUGACAUCAAAGUUUAUGACUGAUCCAAUCAGGAUUCUGGUAAAACGUGAUGAGUUGACACUGGAAGGCAUCAAGCAGUUCUUUGUUGCUGUGGAGCGUGAAGAAUGGAAAUUUGACACUCUCUGCGACUUGUACGACACUCUGACAAUCACCCAAGCAGUGAUCUUCUGCAACACUAAGAGAAAGGUAGACUGGCUAACUCAGAAGAUGCAGGAGGCCAACUUCACAGUUAGCUCCAUGCAUGGAGAUAUGCCCCAGAAGGAAAGAGACAACAUCAUGAAAGAGUUCAGAUCAGGACAAAGUCGAGUGCUGAUCACAACAGAUGUAUGGGCCAGAGGAAUUGACGUACAGCAAGUGUCCCUUGUAAUCAACUAUGACUUGCCCAACAAUCGUGAAUUGUAUAUUCACAGAAUUGGUCGCUCAGGUCGUUUUGGACGUAAGGGUGUUGCCAUAAACUUUGUCAAAUCUGAUGACAUCAGGAUUCUCAGGGACAUUGAACAGUACUACUCAACUCAAAUUGACGAAAUGCCUAUGAAUGUUGCAGAUUUAAUUUAGUUCUUAGUUCUUUAUCUCUAUAAUAUGCAAUAAGCAAAAGGAUUAGAUUGGAAUAUCUUAUAAAAAGCCGUGGAGGUCACUUCACUGUUUAAAAUUAUAUUCAUAUUGCUUAAGAAAUAAGAUACAAUACUUAUCUUAUGCUGACUAGCUAUUUAAUUGUUUCCUAAAUAAAUUUAACCAUAAAUCUGA